AUGCUUAAAAUUUGGAUGCUUCGCUUGGUCAAUAACAUUGGAAAAUAACAUCCGCCAUCUUGGAUGCUUCGCUUCCGCGAUCAUUGAUGAACUUUCGACUUUGCUAAUGCUUUCGUUUCCCCGGGUGUAAAUAGCCGGGCGGAAUUAGUACCCUCGUCCCGGCGCUUCGCGCCGUUGGCUCGGGGAUGAAAUUACAAAUGCUUGUGUUUGCGUAAUAUAUAGUUAAUAUUAAUAGAGAGGUUAAGAUUGACGUUUAUGGCAGACCAGUAACUGCUAACCGCUAACUUCAUAUUUUGAGAUCAAUUGCAUGUUUAUCUCAUACCUAGCGUAUUAGUGGCUUUCCUAUUGGCUACGAGGAGGUGCGUGCAAUCACGAACCGGCAACCUGCUUUAUGAAGCGAUUUGAACAAAUUUCCGACGAAGAUUUAAAUAAAAAAUGAAUUAACUGUUUUCAAUUGUUUUAUAUUUAUUAUUUUUUUUUAUUUUGUUUAAUGAAAAUGGAAUAUUAAUUCUGUAUUCAAAGUGGAAGAGAAGAAAGAUAGCCGCCCCGAAAUUUGUUCGGCACGGGCAGGUUUAUUUAAAUCUUGGAAAUUAUUUCGCAUAAUGUGUUCAUUUUCUCUUUUGAAGUAUAAGGGAAUACUGUAGAGAAUUGUUUUAGCUUCAAUUUAAGCCUAAGUUUCUUUAUUUGCGUAGUAUGUUGACGGCUAAAAUGUUCGUUAUCCAAACAAGAAAUUAUAUACUAAAAUGCGUAAAUUCUUUAGUACUUUUGACCGAAAUGAUAUGUGAUAAAAACCAAACAUUCUUGCAGGUUCGGUGAGUCUGUGAUUGGACGCACCUCGGGUGGCUGGAAGUUUCCCGAACUCACCUAGCUUCGCUCGAGAUGAAUUCAAAUGCAAAUUUAAGCUUGCCGCUUGCGGUUAGCGGUCUGCCGUAUACGUCAAUCUUAACCUCUCUAAUGUUUUUAAUCAAAUGCUUUCUAUUUAUCAGUUAAUUAAAAGUGUAGUCUCUCAUAACUGUAGUACUUGACUGAAUUAACCGUAAUACAUUAUAUUGCCAAAACCGAACAAUAUAUUAUAUAUGAUAUAUAUUCAAAUAUUUCUUAGUCUGGUUAUGAAAACCCAAGACGAACGUGUGCUUUUAUUGAACCUGACAUAAACGGCAGUAAAUGGAGCAGUAAAGGAUGCACAUUGAAUAAAGCUGAAUCGAGUGAGAAAAAUGUUAUCUGUGAUUGUGAUCAUAACACUGCUUUUGCUGUUAUGAUGGAUGUUGCUGAUGUGCAGGUAAGAUUUUAAUUAUAGGUCAUUUCAGUUUACUGUAAGUGGAACGUUACACCGGUAGGAGAUCGGCACGUUGACCGUUACCGCGGAGUGAAUUAUGCUACUGUAGAGGAUUUAUGUUAAAGAGAACUUCUUUGUUUUGCAAAAAUAUAGGGUUUUUUUAGAAAACGAGAUAUAACAUUUCGACGUUUUAGCCUAAUGUGAAAUGUGUUCGAAAAUUGCAUUCAUUUGUUUGUUUGAACUACCAGGAUAGCAAGGGACAUUUGUAGCUAUAAGGGGAUGCCCAUGUAAACCUGCGGUCCAGCUAGCCGAGAUGGUUUGUGUCACGAAAAAUAUAUUUCGAAUGAACUUUUUACUGUUAGUGGAAUCAAUCUCAGCUAACUGGACUUUGAACGUCAUGUUGAAUACUUAUCAAAGCCGCGAUAAGACUUUUAUUAAACAAAUCAUCCCGAUUAACCGGGCUCCUCAUCUGCACAUGAACACAACCCCUGAGCAUGAAACGAAAGCAGGCGUAAAAAUUGUGGUGUCAAGUGUGUAUUGGGAUAGUUUUAUUUUAGUCGCACGAAACAAAAGGAGAGGAGGAAAAUAGUGGGAUUCGCGUGCACAAAACCAGUGCAGCACAAGCGCAAAGACAUGCUAUUCUUUGAAUAAAUACAAAUAAGGCUUUUGAUCCCGACCAAACUAACAGACUAACAAACUCACACAGCGACAUGGCAAACUUCGUUUGGGCACCGCAAUAGUACAAAUUUUAGCAUACGUUUGCGAUUUCAUCCGAUCCCAAAGUUUACACAAUAUUUCAUAAGAAUAUUCCUUACUUUUUCAGCUAACAGAGUCUGAGCGCAAAAUAUUAGAAACGAUUUCCACCAUUGGAUGUUCAAUAUCGUUGGUCGGUAUCACCCUGACCGUUCUUCUGUAUGUUUGUUUCUGGAAACAUUUCAAGUCACCUCGUGUCAAAGUUUUGCUCAGUUUGUGUGUUGCCAUUGGAUUAACUGAUAUCUUCGCUAUACUUGAGGGUGUUGCCAGAGAUAGUCCGGUAAGCUUCCUUAUCAAAAACGUUUUACCAUUAAAAUAUUGAUAGCUUAUAGUGCAGGGUGCGACAAUUUCCGUAGUUACGAAGGUACGCCAAUAUUACGGUCUGUUACUUCUGUCUUUUCGGUCACGUACCAUGUAUGUUCGCGUCACUCGUGUUAUUUGCGCACUUAACUUUUUGCUUUCGACCUUUCUAAGCCCAAGUUAUUCAAAACCAUAUUUUAGUCGCAAUAUGUGCAAGUCUAGCAUGACUUUGCAUUAAACAUGAUUGGACUGAUAUGAUGAGAUAGGACUAAGGAAUGUUAGAGUCGGUCGUAGUGUUUGUGUACCUAACUGGCUAACUACUAGUGUCAGGUUACUGAAGGAAUCCCUUUUGGAAACCUGUACAUUGUGUACUAUAUUCUAAAAACUAACUACACCUCCAGUGUGCGUCGAGUCUUAAGUUUGUACUAUAGCUCAAGUACGCGGCAAUUGCCAUUGGAGUACCAGUAAGAUACGACUAAAACGUUUGAAUUAUCGCACCCUGUAGUGGUUAGGAAUGCAUGUCCGGAGCCAAAGAGGCGGCUGUCAUUGUUGUCCAGUCAGUGCGGGCAGCAAGAGGGAGGAAGGUUAAGAACUACACAAGAAAGUCACAUAAAUUGAAAUUGAGAAACGUUUUCAAGCAAUUUAUCUCGCAUUUGAAACUUAAACACCCCUGAGGAAUCAUUACCAAACUCUCCAUAUGAAAAUGUGUGGAAAAUAAAGCCUAAUUCCUAAAUAAUGGACGUCUGUCGAUCUGUCAUAUUUUUUACAAUGCAUUUUAGCCCUUAGCGCAAUGCAACACAUAAGAAAACCUGACUAAAAACGCAUGCACAUGCAGUGACCGAAAGUUCAAACUUAUUAGCGAAUUUACUCUGUUUUUCGAACGAAGAUUUGCUCUACUUCAGUUGGCACUGUCGAAUUAGUUGCUUGGUGCCAGGGACUCCCCGCUCAUAUCAUCACUUUCUUCUCUUUUACCACAGUAAUAUAUGUAUUAUAGUUCUGAGGGAUUAUGUUUUGGGGCAGAAUUUCAGGAUAUAUUAAAGGCUAAUCUUCAAUUUUACCAUCGUUUAAAUUGGAUCAUCUUAUAAAUCCAUGGCAUUAUAAAGUAAUCCAUCUUAUUUUUUUAUCCAAUUUUCUUCCAUCAAAAAUUUUUCAUCACUCUGAUGUGAAUAUAUGAGGGAGUCAGAGUGUAUAUGCAUUUUUAUAUGCACCGGCAAUAAAUGAACUGCUACCUAGUUAUGAGGGGCUCCCCGGGUUUCUAGCGAACAAGUGAAUAUGACAGAUUUUGUUUUCAUUUAGUAUGUGACGUCAUACCGCUAGUCCAAAAUUGACAAGAUCUGCUAAAGCCACCUAGGUCUGGGCACAGAUCUGAUAAAGCCACAUACAUGGCUGCUGUUGGACAGCAAGCAAGUAAAUUUUAGUCAACGCGUACAGCCAUCAUGUAUUGAAUUUUAUUUUGGUUUGGUUUGGUUUGGUUUAGUUUAUUUCAACACAAUUCUUCAAUUUGUAAAUCUUGUCUUGUCUUGUCUUGUCUUGUCUUGUCUUGUCUUGUCUUGUAAGAUAAACCAAUAAAUGCGACAAUUUAAUACAUAUUUACUGUAUGUAUGUCUAAUUCCUUUUCAACAGAAAUUCUGCAAAGCAGUAGCGGCUCUCCUGCAUUUCUUUGUGCUGUCAGCGUUCGGAUGGAUGUUGUGUGAGGGAAUAUUACUGUACAUCUUACUCAUCAAAAUAUUUGAUGGUGCUCGUGGGAAACACUGGAAGAUCUUUAAUUUCAUUGGCUGGGGUAAGUGUUUUCUCUUUCCGAAAGAAGACAAUUAUAGUACAACCCCAAUAACCUAAACCUAUUUCCCGUGAAUUUGUUCAUACUAUAUAUUCAAUAGUUUUGACGUACUUACAUCGCAGAAAAAAUAUUGUUUUUUUAUGAAUUUGACACUUAUUCCCUUGUCUCGAAAUCUCGCUUUCUCGAACAUUUUUGCUUCCUAUGGCUGUUCGAGAUAGCGAGGUACUACUACAUAUGUAUUUUCACCAUUUAAUUUUAAGUUGAGUAAGGAUAAUUGAAUGGGUUAUUUUAGUAACCAUAAGAGAAAAUCGUGAAUUAAUUGGAGUAAGAAAAUAUUUGAUGAUCUGUCAAGUCUACUUGCCACCAAAUACUGCUAUAUAAUUAGAAUAAACACUGCCAACAUAAUGUAGGUGGGCAAACUACCAUUUCCUGCGCAGCAGGGGCUCUUCGAAGUGCUACUAAUUCAUUGGGAAAUCAUGAAAAUCGUAACAUUUUCCAUAAUAUAUUUCCCAAUAUGCUGAUAUUCAUUCAUACACUUACAUUGGUUUCACCUUGGUAUACGUACAUGAACUUGUGGUUAAGAGCUCAACAACUGGGUACUGUAGCUCAAUUGGUGAGAGCGCUGCAUCGCAACUGCUCCUGGUGAGGUUUAUUAUAAUAUUUAUAAUGAUUAAUUUUACUCUCGAAAUUUGCAUCUAUAAAACCCUUCAGCAUGUCAUUUAUUGUGGUUACUGUAUUUAAUAUUACUUACUGGUAGUUGCAAGAUAACAGCUUUCUAUAUAGCUGAACAAGUCUAAAACUGUGUAAAUAUAGAUACUUAUAGUAAUAAUAAAUCCCGAGUUCAUAAGUGAAAGUAAAGACUAUGACAACGUGUUUACCACUUGUUAUAUUAAUAUCGUUACAGGGAUUCCUUUAUUGAUCGUUGUUAUAUCACUUGGAGCGACUCAGGGUGAAGGAUAUGGAACAGAAUCUUCAUGUUGGCUUAGCGUUGAAAAUAAAGUGAUUUGGGCUUUUGUGGGACCUGCUUUCAUUGUCAUAUUGGUGGGUGCUCUCAUCUCAAUCUUUAGGUCAACUAGUUUGUACAUGUAUCUUUAUCCCUGUAAAGAAAUGUCGUUUAGCAGUAAUUAUUAUUUGGUAUUUAAGACACAUUUUCGCAUAAAAAAUUAAUUACAAUGUGUUUACAUUCAAAGUCAAAUUUAGUUUAUAGUUAUUUACAUGGUCAUAAAAUUUAAGGUAAAAUAGAUUAAGAAUAUUAUUAAAAUAUAAGUUAAGGAUAUUAAGUUAAGAAUAUUAUUAAAAUAUAAAUUGUUCAACCAUUCAAUCUAAGGUAGAUCCCUUCCUCUAUUUCAUGGCAUUCAGCUCAAUAAUUGCUGUUGGAAAGAAACUGUUUUUAAAACGUUCAGUUCUGCACUUAUGAAAUGACAGAUUAUUUAAGUUUCUAAUAUAACAUUGUUGAGCACAAGCUCUAGAUUGUGUCAGGUGUUCAGCAUGGGACCUGCACGUUUAAUAAUCUUCUGUAAAGUAUUUAUACAAGUUUCGUUUCGCCUGUCGCUAAGUCUUGUGCAAUUAGCCAAUUGGAGGGCUUCGUCGUAUGAGUGGCCAGGAAAGAUAAUGCGCAUGGCACGCUUUUGUACUCUUUCCAGUUCGUCAGACAGAUAGCGGGGUUUCGCGUAAUUCCACACCUCACAACAGUAUUCCAGAAUAGAACGAAUAAGCGCGAAGUAUAUGUUGGUAAGAUCAGCAGGAGGGACACCACCGCGGCAUAAUACCCGAAGACCGUAUAACCGUUUGGAGGCCUUGGUGACGAUUGAUCGAAUUUGCUCAUCCCAUUUUAGAUUGUGUUGAAUAAUUAAACCGGUACCCAACACUUUGUGCGAUUGUAUCGUUUCUACCACGUGACCAUCAAUUGUCAAAGGUGGUAGCUGCAGUGUUUCUUUAAGAGAAGAAAUCCGGAGCUCUUUGCACUUUUUGGCAUUCAAUUUCAUACAAUUGUAAAUUGACCAUGAAUCGAUAGAAUCAAGAGUUGACUGAGUGGCAGAGAAACUGUUCGAUGUACGAUUUUCAGAAGAUGAGACAUCGUCCACAAAUUUCCACAUUUUCGUGUCUGGGGAGUUUACUCUCAAAUCAUUAAUCAUAAUGAGGAACAAUAUUGGACAAAGUUUAGUCCCUUGAGGGACCCCAGCUGUCACUGGGAUGGCUUGAAAAGGAUUCUCCAAUUUUAACUCGUUGUCCUCGAUCACAAAGAAAGUUUAUAAUCCAGGGUAUUAAAGACCGCCAAACGCCCAGGUCUAGCAGUUUUUCAAUGAGAAUAUUGUAUCCAGCCCGAGCUGAGUCCAAAUUCGAGACCCAAUAUUGGAGCAUAUCAAAGAGGCAAUAGGUGGUCGACGUUCCUUUCAAACAGUCAAAUUGGCAGGGUUCGAUCUUUCCCUUGACGUCGUCAAUUAGCCAACUUACAACAAAAUCUUCCAGCAGUUUGGACAGGCAAGAGGACAACGAUAUUGGUCUGGUAUCUCCUUCACGUUCGGGUUGUUGUACCUUCGGGAUUGGAAUGAUAUUGGAUUCUUUCCAAAUUCUCGGGACGACGCUGGAGGAAGGAUUGCAUUAAAUAUGGUGGUAACUGGAUCGGCUAGCACGUGAGCAACAUCUUUUAGAAAUUGACUUGGUACAACAUCAGAUCCUGUUGCUUUAUAAGGUUGAAGAGCCAAAAGCUUUGAAGGUUGAAGAGCCAAAUGUCCUUAGCCGGUAAGAACGCGGGCAGUGAAUUUGCAUCAAAUGUCGGAAUAUCCGCGUUGACAGACAGGUAAAAUUCAUUAAGGGUACUUGCUAGUUGUUCGUCGUUCAGAGUUUCCCCGUUGCGUUCUAAAGAGAAAGAUUUUGUUUUCUCAGUUUUACCGGACAUUUUUUUUACCAUUUUCCACCAUCUACGACUGUCAGUGUUUCUUAGGUGUUGAACUUUGUUCUUAUAAAAAGACUUUUUUCUUUCCCUUAUUUCGUAUCAAGUUCUCCGUUCGUCAAACCGUCCGUUCGGCAAACUGUCCGUUCGGCAAAAUGUCCGUUCGGCAAAACGUCCGUUUGGCAAAACGUCCGUCGGCAAAGUGUCCGUUCGGCAAAGUGUCUUUCGGCAAAGUGUCUUUCGGCAAAGUGUCUUUCGGCAAAAUGUCCGGCCACCAUUUCGUAUUGGACCUUGCGUCUUAGUGAGAGCCAAAGGGGAAUGGUCCUGCUAUGGAAUGCUUUCUGACGAUCUCUUAUGAGGGUUUUAAUGGCUGGUGUUACCCCAGGUUUAUCGGAAUGAUGGAAUUUUACCACGUACCUAUUAAUGAUAUACUGGAAAUACAUUCAUGAAGAAACCCUUCGUCUUGAUGGCAAAACCAUUAUAUUUUCCGAACAUGAAGAAUUUGAAGUAGUUCUCAUGGUAACACGAUAAUUUUAUUAAGAAAUUUUUAAAUUUGAAGAUCCCCUAAAAAUAUCACUAGUAUUUUAAUUACAAUUUCAAUAUAUAUAUAUAUAUAUAUAUAUUAAGUAUGUCAUUAUACGUUAUUAGUAUAAUUACAUAGGUGAUUAUUGAAAAUUCUCCACGCUGAUUGGUUACCGUUGAGGUGAUUGUUACGCGAUAAUCACCUAAGCGAUUUUCAAAAUGGCGGCCGAAGCCGUUUUGCCAAUUAAAAGACGAAGAAAUGUGCAUUUUUAAUUUUUUUUCCAAAUAAUCACCCAUGAAAUUAUACUAAAACAAUUAUUCACCUCAGGCUCGGUGAUUAUCGUGAAUAAAAACCUCGACUUCGUCUCGGUUUUUAUUCACCGAUAAUCACCUCGCCUUCGGCGAAUAAUUGUUAAUUAUACGUUAUUAUUCAACCACAAACGCUUCGAAAAUAUAUGACUUAAAACUAAUAAAACUACUACCUUUUAUCGAUAAACCUUGAGUUUGAAAGAAAAAGAUUUCAAAUUCUCGCACGAAAAUAACUUUGCUUUUCUCUUUAAUUAAAUAUUUUAGUGCAUUAAAAAAGGUAAUUAAUAAAAAUACGGUAAAAUGUAAUGCUAUCUUUUUUCAUUAUGUCCAUGCAACGAUCAGUUUUCAAAAGCAAUUAUAAAAGGAAACAAUACAUCAUUAUUUAAAACAAACUUACCUUCAUUGGUUCUUUCAAUUUUCUGAAACGAACUCGUCUGAAAAAAAUUUAAUUAAAAGCAGAUGUAUUAAUUUUCAAAUAGUAUCUGUUAUUAUAAUGUCGUAAUGCGGUCAUAAUAAAGCGAAAUUUAAAUUUGACCACUCAGUGUUCGCCAAUUCCUUGACAGUCCACCAUUUUUUCGAAAUCAGUGGAAGAUCCACCCUUGGCCACGGAUCCCGAUGAUUGAUGCAUGAACUUCACACUUCGCUCGAGGGAUAUGUGUAAUUUUCAUUCCCCAAUUUGUAAACAUGUUCCAAUUCACCGUUUGGUGCAAGAACAUGUCAAUCGACCACCAAUUAUUAUUAUUAGUAUUAUAAAAUAUAUCACAACUGGUUUCCUUUGUCCGUCUUUGUCUUCCAGGCCAACACAAUCGUGUUUGUCAUGGUGCUACGUACAAUGAUGAACUCUCACAAUAUCAAACAACGAAACAAUAUUGGUAAAGUCAGAGCUGGUGUAAAAGCUGCUGUAGUAAUCUUCCCAAUCCUUGGCUUGACUUGGGUGUUUGGCUUGAUGACUUUCAACAAAGAAACGUUGUUCUUCCGCUAUCUUUUUGCCGUGUUCAAUUCCACGCAAGGAAUGCUCAUUUUCUUGUUUCAUUGUGCCUUUAAUAAACAGGUAAGUGCCGCGAGAAUAUCUGAAGUUGACGGUCCAUUGUAGAAAAUAUUUUACAAUAAGCAGCCAUGGUUUGCACCUACAUUGCUCGAAAAAUUAUCUCAAACGCAAGGUUCGAUCAGGAUAGAUAGUGCUCUACCAUCAGCUGUCGUGAUUUGUGUUUGAAAUUGCCUGAACAGAUAACUUGUCACUGUUCAGCCACAACCCACGACAGCUUUAAGUACAAUACUCCCUACACUUCAACUGCACCAUAUCUAUUUCAGGUAAUUUACAUACAAACCACCGCAGCUUAUUUUAGCCAACACUAGGCUACUUACAGUGUAUCACACGUCUUUUUCAAGUCGUUCAGAAACAAGCCACGGUAGUGUGAUAUUGAAUACUACCCAGGGACGCCGGAACGAUCAUAAGGCAAAGGGAGGCGGACCCACAGCAAGGGCACUUCUCUAAAGCAAAACUUGGAAAUCUUCCGAAAUUUUUUUUUUAUGCAAAAAUUUUGGUCAGUGUACCAUUUUAGGGGUCAAAAAUUUUUUCCGGACAUACCAUAAGUGAAAUAUAAAUUGUAAAUUGUCUGAAUCUCAUAAUUUUCGUACAAAAACCAUUGUUCUAAAUGUGAUUUAUCACGUUUUUUUUAUAACUAAAGGGCACUUCUGCCCCCCUGCCCCCUCUAGCAAAAGGCAAGGGGGGCAGCCGCCGCCCCUGCCCCCCAGUUCCGGCGUCCCUGAUACUACCUACACAUCUGAGAAACCAUUUAUUCAGCCGUACUUUAGAGCAAAAAAGCACCAACAUACAAUAAAUUUUGUCGAAAACAGAAUAUGGACAUGCCACUGAAGCAUUUUAUGGGUUAUUAACCAUAAACGCUAGAGCAUAUUUAAACAGUGCAGACGAUAGUAUAGAGAAUUUGAUGAUGAUAGAAAUAGCUCAUCGCUUAGUUGCAUUCUUUAAGAUAUCCCAAGCUGGGCAAGAAGAAAUAGCAUAUAAUUAGCAUAAUUAUUCUGCACAUAAGUAGCAGCUUUUUGCCGAUACUAUUUAGACUUGCAAUGACCCUCAUUUUAAGGUAUCUUUUUCAGGUAACCCAUCGCCGAUGAUUGAAUACUACGUACAAUAAAUUUGCACGUUUGAGAUAUCGUUUCCAAGAAAAGAUUAAAACUUGACCAUUUCAAGAGUGUUUAUUUAACAGAUUUUUAAUGAGUUAUCUUGUAUAAAUAUUGUACAAGUAUUCUUACAAAUAAAUAUCAAAAGGCAUAUAUAGAGACAUUGAAUGAAAACUCAAAUAAGAUAAGCACGAACGGGAGCCGAGGUCCCAUACAAGGUCGUCCCCCCCCCCCUUUAACGUAGACUUUUAUCCAAUUAACCAAUUAACUAAUUAGGUUUUUAGCUAGAAGGUCUAAUGCGUGAUGAUACAUGUUUUAUGUUUUGCAGAUGCGAGAUGUUAUCCGCAGCAACACAUUCUCAACCAGCUUUGGCAAAAGUUCUGCUCGCCAUCCAAAAAGUAAGAAAACCUUGCGAUUAAUUAACAUUUUAUGUUUUAUCUCCCUACAUGUUCAAUGUUUUGUUAGUUAAAAUAGGAAGUUUAAGCAAGCGACGUCUUUGUGAACACGACGUGCAGUGCUGGAUUAACAAUUAAUUGUGUUAGGGUCAGUUCAUGGUAAUCUUCAACGCAUAUGACAAAACAUUUUUAAAGUUUCUGCUUCCUCAGACGAGCGCUGUGAGGCAAAAUGCCGCAAAAAUUAAUUAUGCCAAUUUUCGGGUGACGUUCGUGUUGACCCAAAGCUCAAGCUUACUAAUUAGCAAUUGCAUUCUUUUCACCAGUAUAUUCACAUUAAUCUAACCAAACCACAUUAUUUUGUUUUCUCAGAUUCCACAAGUUCACCUAACAAGAGACUUGGUUCAGAUAUAAACCAGAACAUGGUUGAAAAGAAUUCGAGACUACAGGCAGAGAGAAGUAAAUCUGAAAGUGCUGGGUAUGGUGGAUAUAACAACCGGAAUGUGUCUGUCGCUGUGGAAGCGGAAGAAGAUGAUGUAUACGUUACGUCUCCUGCUGUCCAAGGUUAGUCAUGUUGGAAACGUGUUGCUGGCCAAAAGAUGCAUGAAUAAUUCUUUGUGGACCUGCUUAUAUACGUCUGGGCUACUUAUAGCGAACAUGCGCAGUAGAGACAAUAAUAAAACACAUGUUUACAUUGUAGUUUUCUCUUAUUUCUGUUUUACAAAUACUGCAUUUGUAAAUGUAAUAACCUUUUAAGUAUUUUCUGCCCGUUUACUCUUGCAAUUUUCGCUGGAAUUUCUAGUGCGAUUUUCUUCUUCUGAUGCUUGUGAACGAGUAAAUAAGUUACGAAUGUUCGAGAUAUAUGUACCCUCAUCUGAACAUUCAUAACUAAGCCACUCGUUCACAUCUAUCAAAAGAGGAAAUAUUGCCCCCUAAAAUCGCUGCAAAAUUUGCAAGUGUAAACGAUCCUCUAUACACAUGCAGCAACGUUAUUUAUGCUAGACAGCUAUAUCAAUUCAGUUGACCAAACGUCUCAAUCUUAUACUGUUUCAGUGUUCCUGCACAAGGGAACCGUACUAUUCGCAAGACAAAACCUGCAGUGUUUAGUGAAGUCAAACAGGAGUCAUUCUUAAUAGGCCUUACAAGGUUAAGGACGCCAUUUUAAAUUAUUGUUUUCACCAUUGUGCGUGCACCCCCUGCAAAUUUACCUAUUGGGAAUUCCACUGUGCUUGCACCUCGGGCACUAUUGUGUUUCAUUAUGAUGUCGUUAACCCUGGAAGGGUCUUUUCUAAAUUUUGAUAUGCCACUGUGCAGGAAUCGGACCCUGAUUUAUUGAUUUCACGGGAUUGAGUAUAAGCGGCUUAAUUUAAAGGCGGUUAAUUAUAUUUAAUAAUCAAAUUCAUAUCAUCCACAUUACCAGUACAUCUUCUAUAUGCAUAUUUUAAAUAUCUGUGAUUAAAACCAUAAAUAUAGACGUUUCCUUGAAACUCUAGCUUAAAAUCUUGCCGGACAAUUUAAGUGGUUUUCAUUCCCUGAGCUUGCAAAUUCGGGAAGUGUCCGUUGAUAAACAAAAGAAUAUAAGUAUCAUCCACUUAAGCUUUCUUCAAUAUAGGAAAUAAAGAAACAGACGACCUCGAUUCAUCAAACGGGUCGGUACGAAAUGAAAAUUCGUUUGGCCGAGACAACGAUGCAAGCUUUCAUAAUGAUAAUGAUAAUGGAGAGUUACAGCAUUCGUCUUCUACGGACAGACCACCAAACAAUGAAGAGGCUGACUUAACUGUAUAAUCUGAUUGCAAUAUCCGCUCGCUAGCUCUAUCUAGCUUUUUGCAAUAGGAUCCUGAUGGCUAUAUUUGAACCAUAAUAAAAGCAAAAAAUAUUCUGUGACACAUUUAUAAUCAUAACGCUGUUAGAGUGCAAGGCUGGCUAAAUCUCACCAGGCAACAGACGUCCUUCGCGUAUGGGUGCAUCAUCAUUUGCAAUACAAGCCUACAAAGAAUAAGAUUACUUCCCCUUAAUCAAAGAAAUUAUUCAAUUUUUACUUCCCCAUGCAAACAACCAUAUUUUCGAUCGAGCAACUUAUUUAGGAUUCUCGCCAGCAAAUUGAACACAACAUUGCAGUGGCGUAGCCAGCUCGAUAAUUCGGGGGGGGGGGCAUAUUCAUAUAUUCGUGCUCUGCAUUAUUAAUUUUUUUUGAAAUUGAUUGUUUUUAAGGUCUGUGAAUACGAAUAUAUGAAUAUCCCCCCCCCCCACUUAUCGAGCUGGCUAGCCACUGCAACAUUGUUUUUACCAAGGUACCGGACUUCGCGUAACAUUCGCGUUAAUCGCGAAUGUCACGCGAAGUCCGUUACUUUGCAGAGAGAGAGCUUUAAUCGCUAGAGCUUUAAUCGCGUUACCCUCAAUAACAAUCAGUGAGAUUAAUCCAGUGAGAUUUAUUCGGUGAGAUUUAUCCAGCCUUCAUUCUUUUAUGCAUGAUAGGGUAAUUGGAGGCCAUAAAUUAUACGUCUCAGUCAAUAUUUCUUAGCAUAACAAUGUACUAUCAAAUAGCCAUACAAUCUUUUAUAUAAUAACUAUUAAUUUUGCACUUUUACAAGGUAAUAUUUUUUUCGUGUAAAUAAUUAACAAUUAUUCACUGUCCAAGUGGAGGUAGAUAGGAUAUCCGGAGUUGAGCAAGCAAUCAAAUUGCACGAAAAGCACUAUCCACCUCGCGAGUAUAUGAUAUGGUUGCCUAGUGAGGUAUAAAUAUAAACAACUUUAAUAUACCGUUUCGUAUUUUACCCUGGAACAAUUGGGAUGUGUGUAAAACCUAAAGAUCAACUGGUCACAACUGGUCGCUAGAUAAUGGUAUAUUCUAAACGUAGGCCGUUGCACUUUUUUCUUUAUUUUCCAGAUGAUGUGACCUCAACGAGAACCAGUCUUAUAACACACGUAUGAUUUUCAGCAAUAUAAAUGGUUAACAGUGCACACAUAAGCUAAGGAUGUAUCUUAAAAGUAUAUCAAUACAAUACAUAACUCUAUAUGGAAGUGUGCGAACAUGUAUACUAAUUAACUUUGUAUAAUUAUUUUGUUAUUCUUUGCUACUACACUCACUCUAUACCUUGUAAAGUUUCAAAAGUCUCCUGUACAUUGGUUCCUCAUUACUCACCCGAUGCAUAACGCGCAUUGGGUAGGGUUAGUUCGGCAAAAACUAAGGGCCCCGACAGUUAUAGGGGCGCCCGUCAGCCACGGCCUAUCGCCCAGAAAAUUAGUAGAAAACGUAAAAAAAUACAGGUUAAGAAUCAAUGGCAAAAUGCAAAAUUAAUAAUGAUAAAUAAUAAAGCCUCCAUCGACAACGG